UGAAAACCUCGGAUGUCUCAUUUCCUCAUUUUUUUUUUUAUUUUUUCUUUGGAUUGAUAAACUCGAUAAGCACAGAUUACUCUAACAAACUUUCGAAUCAGAUACUCCUAGCGCCAUCUAUGACGUGCUAUGAGAACCUUGUAUCAAAAUAGGAUCCACCAUUUUCGUCUGAGAAACUCGCCAGUGCGGUUGAUACUAACGUUGUUCCGGAUUAAAAAUUGAAGAAAGUGUGUAAAAAGUGCCCAAUUUGUGUUGUAAAGUGUCAAAAUACAUCGAAAAAAUGCAAGAGUCUGAAAUAGAAAGUGAAGAAAAUGAUCAGAAUUCCUACAUUGUUGGAGACGAUGUUACAUAUUUGAAAGACUCGGGCAAGGAACCUUCUAUCAAUACAUUAAUUCAGCAAGAUUUAAUGCAGUUCCAACUUCCAGAGCCCAUCUUAGGUUCAGCAUGUUUUAUUUCUUCAAGUCGUACUGAUUCGCCAAUUUCUGGCGAAAUAUUACCAUUUUCACAAGAUCCCAUGCUAAAUGCAGCUUGCAAGUUGACUACCUGUUCUAAUUAUGAUCUUGGAAAAUAUUCUCCAGAAAUUGUACCAAAUCCACGACGGCGUCGUCGUCGCACAAAGAAACCCACAUCUAAUCAGAUGGCUCCAGAAAAUGAGCCACUGCAGCAGCUGCAGCUACAAGCGCAACUAAAUAAAGUAGAUUGUCAUUCUUCGAAUGUUUCUGCACCAAAGGACUUAGUUUUAGACAGUAAAGGACCAGUCAUAACUUCACCUGAAAUAAUACCCGCAAAAAAACAGUGCACUAUUCAAAUAAAACCUACGAAUACAUCCCACAAAUCUCGUUCACCUGAUCUAGAAAUACAAGAUCAUACAAAAUCUUCGCAGUCACGAGCUUUGAUUGAAAAACAGCAUGACACCGACUAUCACAUGACAGACACUAAUAAUAGUACACCACAACCAGAAAAAAAAUAUCACAGAUCAUCCACUCCCAUACCAAUUUCAAUAAUUACUCUAAAUGCCCCGCGAAACAGUAGUUUUGACGUGGUUGUUGAUGAACUUCCCUUAGAUUUAAGCAUGAAAGAAUAUAUCACUCAGGAUAACAUCAACAAUAACCAUCAACAUUUACCUGCAUGUGAAGGAAAAAUGCCAAUACCGCCAGUUUCUUCAACUUUUCACACGCCGUCAUCGCUUAUUUCACUAUCGCUUGCAGUAAUUUCAAAGGAGUCCUUAACUUUGCUAGUGCACUCUUCAAAGGACUUAUUACCAACGGUUGAAAAACAAAGCUGUCCUAUACCUUCUACCAGUAGAGCUGAUUCGGUGUCUCCACGUCCUUCCUUCAACUUUGAUGAUCCGUGGAAUAGUGAUUUUUCUCCUGACGAUGGGGAUCCCGACUAUCAACCAAGUGAACAGUUAAAUACAUCACAUACUUCAAAUGAAUCGUUGACCCUAGAACCAGUUGAUGAGACAAGAGUGAAGCGAAAACGGGCCAAGCGAGGCAAAGCAAAUAAAGAAAACUGGACUUAUAAUCAAAAUAAAAUUAAAAGAAUGAAGGGAGAGAGUUACAGUGGGAGGAGAAAAACAGAAGACGGCAAAAUUGUGUUCGAUCUUGAAAAAAAUGAGCGUAGUGUUCAGCCUCGUUGUGAUCAUAAUGAUUCUUGCAAAUAUUUUGAUUGCUACAAAUUAACAGAAGAAGAUCGAAAUAUGUUAAGAAAUUAA